GAGUUCCGGGUGGGAGUUCCUGAGUUCGGACUGCGCGGAGGCAACCGUUCUUCCCGACAUCGGUUUCGUGGUGAAAUGGAAGAUUUUCGAGGUAUAACUGAAGAGUUAUUUCCAAGUUUUUUAACCAAUUCAUUACUUGGCAAUAGUGGGACUUUGGAAAAUGUCACUAUUGCUUCAAAUCUUGGCUUACCUGUUGCAGUUUCAACUCUUGCUAAAAAUAGAUCCAACAAUGAUAACAGGUAUAUUGAUGCCCAAGCAUCAUUUUUAGCAGAAGAGAGGUUUUCACUUCCAUCUGAGUCUUCUCCCAGUAGCCAGAGUGAAACUGAACCAAAGGAGCGGCUGCAGCUUAGCUUUCGGGAUGAUGAGAAGAAGAGCUAUACAAAGAGUCGACAUGUGUCAGAGUCUCUUCUCAGUGCGUCAGCUUUUCAUGGUGAUGGAGCCAGAAAAGGAAAGCAGCAAGGCGAAACUGCGCAAACUGUACACUCCCCUCAGAGCCAAGAUCUUUUUGGUAGGAUGUCUCCACUGGAACAGGAGCAAGACUCACCUAUUUUUUGUUUACCGUCAUGGAUGAAUAAUAUGGAAAACAAGAUUACUCUUCCUGAUACUGGAAAGCAUUUUGAAGAAAAAAUUCUAAACAGUGACUUAAGCCAGGCUAGUUUACUAGAAAAUGAGAAACUCGUGUCACUGAGCAGCUUGGAAGAUUCCUCUGAUGAUGAUAUUGAUGAUGAAGAGUUUUAUGAUGACCAUUUGGAGGCUUAUUUUGAACAACUAGCAAUUCCUGGAAUGAUAUAUGAAGAUCUAGAAGGACAGGGAUCUUCAGAAAAAGAUUUUAAGUUACCCACCAAUGAUUCUAGUCAGGCAAAUGAAAAUUCUAACUGCAGCAGUAAAUUUCAAUCAGAAAAUAAUGGCUCUCUGCUUUCUCAUGGUUCACACUCUUUGGGGAUUUCUGAAAUGCCCCACAAAAAGUCUGAGGAAGAUCAUAUUGUUUGUGUACCUGGGACCAUUGUGUCACUGUUUUCCUCUGGUUCUUUGAGAUCUGAAGAGAAACAAAGUGUAGAAAAUUUGAAGGGCGCUAUUUCCGAUUAUCGCAGAGAGGAAGGCUCUCUUCAUGAUAAUAAGAGUUUGGCAUCAAAUUCAGAAAUAGCCUUGCCAGUGGAUAGUUGUCUAGACACCAAGACUUCUAAAGGCGCCCUUCAAAAACCUAUGGAUUUGGCAUCUUCAGAGCCUGUUACUGACAAUGGAAUGAAUUCCUCCGAUACUCUUUGGUCACCAGCUAGUAAAAGGCAAAUAUGUGAACAUAAUGAGACCACUGAAAAGAGUAAUGACCAAACAGAUCUGAAAAAACAGAAUGUGGUCUAUCAAAAUGAAGAGGGUAAAUGGGUCACUGAUCUUGCCUAUUAUACAUCUUUCAAUAAUGAGCAAGAUUUAAAUACUCAGACUAAUGAGAUGAAUGAAGAUUUUCAAUGUGGUUCUGAAGCUUUGGAUUUGAUUGCACAUGAUGAAGAAGAAUUUAAUAAAGAGCAUCAGUUUAUCCAGGAAGAAAAUAUAGAUACCCAGAACACAUCGCUUGUACAAGGAGAUAAAUCCUGGGGAACUUCAGUCAAUUACGGCCUGUUAAGGAAAUCACCUGGCACAUCAGACAUGGACAAUGAGGAUUCCAGUAAUUUACAUCUAUCUUUAGGAGAGUUCUUUGCUCAAAGGUCUGAAGCUCUUGGUUGUCUUGGUGGUGGAUACAAUGUGAAGAGACCAUCGUUUGGUUAUUUCAUUACAUCACCAGAGAUGAAAGAGCCUGUGGCUUUAAUAAGAAAAUCGGAUCUACCUGGAAGUGAGUUGGAAAAAGAAACAAGUCCAUUUGACCAGGAGCAAAUCUCAGUGCCUGGUGAUACAGAUCAUAUGAAGUCAGGAGAUGCACAUGAACGACCCAGGUCCCAGCCAAGUGAAGGAUCAGUUACACUUCAGGCUGAAGAUCUGGAGACUGAUUCUCAAGUGGAUGAAAAUGAUGUGACAUUGACUACCCAGAAAGGGAAAACAGAGGACACUUUCUUCACAAGCAGCAAACCCCAAGGACGCAAAGGCAAGCUGGAUGAUGGUGAUGAUUCUGUACUUAGGAUAAGCACCAUUGCCUCAGCCAUUGCAAAUGCAUCUGUGAGCACUGAUCCUUUCCAGUUUGCUGCCAUGAUUAAGGCACUCUCAAAUAAGCCCAGAGAGGAGCAUUUUCAGGAAGAUGAUAAACCAAAGGAUUGGUCUACUUUGUCUUCUUUCUUGCCUAAUGAUUUAGAAAAAAGCAAUGGAUCCAAUGUAUUUGAUAUGGAGAAAUACCUUAAAAAGACUGAAGUUAGUGGAUAUGAAGGUGGAUUGGAAAACUUUUCAAGAGCUGGUGUAUCCAGUAUUUGGGACUUAUCUUUGCCUAAAGAACAGUCUGUGCAGGAGAUUUCUUCAGCACACCUAGUUGCUGCUGAUGUAAGUUCAGGGCAACCAGGAGAAAACACAGCAGCUACUUCUCAUGGUGGAGGUGAACAGAGCAAGAGCCAGGAGUCAGUGAGAACAGUAGAACCUUCAGGUCAUGCAGAUACAAGUGAGAGGGAGAGUACGAAGGUGGACGGGAAGACACAGCUCCUUGACCACAGAUUACCAUCUAUUGGUACUGGUGAAAAAGCUACCACCUCAGUGUCUGUUCCAGCCUCUGGUAGUACUUCAUUAGAAAGAAGCGCCAGAAUAGCUUCCCUCUGGUUAUGUGAAGAGUUUCAGAAUAAUAAUGGAAAAGAGCAGCGGCAAAAUGAGCAUGUCAGUGAAAUAAGCAACAGUGAAAAGCGUGUGGCUUUUGAUAAACAGUCCACACCCUCACCCAGAAUUAUUGACUUGAAGAACAACUCUUCCACGCAUGGUGUGUGCAUCUCAGAGGAUGAACUGGACAGCUUCAGACCUUCCGCUUUACCACUGAGUCAUUCUUCUCCAAGUGAGAUUUCUGGAACAAGUUUACCAGGGUGUGCCUUGGAGUCUUUCGAUUCAGCUGCUCCUCAGAGCUCUGCCCGUGAGAGUGAACUGUGCCCCUCAUUGUGCCUGACCUACAGGUCUGAGUGGGAGAGCGCGUCACCCGACACAGCCACACCCCUGGGCCUCGAGGACCACAAGACUCGGAGUAACAUCACCAGUGAAUUGAGCACCACAUGUAUUCGAGCUGGUCCAGUCCCAUUGGAGGAACAGCGUGCGGAAAAAUUCAGAGAUGAAGUUUCAUUUCCAGGUGGAGGACAAGGAGCCUUAGCCCUGCCUCUCCAGAACGAGGAUGCGGACAAAGUGGGUGCCUCUCCUCUCCUGAGGAGCCAGUCUGAAGCUCUGAAACCUGCCUUGAGAGUGGGGAAAACCCUCACCUUGGAAAGUGGAGCCAACUCUGAGCUGGUUGCUGUGGGUGUGACCUCUGACCCCAGUGAAGAGGUCAACCAAGUGGUCCAGAGUAGAGCCGGCCUCGGCCACCCUGCAGGGUCAGGGCCAGCACACCCGACUCCAUCACUGCCAGUGUCUGUGGAGGAAGGGCCCAAAAUAACAUGUGAAGACCCAUCAGCUGCCCACAGUUCCGCAAGUGGCCAGACUCUUCGUGCCACGGCCCCUGCGAGCCACUGUCCCUCUCUGCUCAGCACAGCGGGGCCGGAUGCUGUACCUCAGAGGCAGGGUGUGCCCACUGAGGUCCCUGCGCUUCGCACUCAGCAUCCUGUCCCCACGCUUCCUUUCGCCCUGAAGUACUUGGGUGCAGUCCCUCCCACUGGAAACGCUGCUCUGCCUCUGUGCCACGCCAGCAGCAGUGCUGUCUGUGGAUUGCUGGGAAGCUGCCCCUACCCGCCCGUCGCAGCGGAGCAGGUGCACAGCUCGGUAGCCCUGGGGAUCUGUCUUGGACAAAAUGGCAGCUCUGGACUCCUGGGGUCCUCCUCUGUGUAUGAUUUAUAUUCUAAUACCUUAGAUCAGAAUCUCCUAAAUACAGCAAACCAUUUGCCUGUUCAGUCUGUUGGUGCAAAUUAUGCUGUUGAACGCUGGGAUUCAGAAGGGAUGUCAGAGUUUGGGAAAGUUAGAGUGCCUGAAGAAUUGAAGUUUCCUCAUGCAUGCUGUCUUGGCAUUGCUUCACAGACAAUCCUCAGUUUACUGAAUCCCACUGACCGCUGGCUGCAGGUCAGCAUUGGGGUUCUCAGUGUUAGUAUUAAUAAUGAAAAGGUGGAUCUUUCUACACAUCCUUGUUUAGUUUUCAAGAACAAAGCCAUCAUUCGACCUUAUGCCACAGAGGACAUGAAAAUACUUUUCAUACCAUGCAGUGCUGGGAUUUUCAGAUGUAUAUUCAGUGUUGCCUCUUGGCGAUUUUCAGCUGAUGCUGACACAAUAAUACAAGCAGAAGCCUUGGCAAGCAGAGUUGUUCUUACAGCUAUUGCCGAGGCCCCCGUGAUAGAGGUGGAAACAGAAAAGAAAGAUGGUCUUGAUUUUGGAGACAUAAUAUAUGGAGGCUGGAAAGCUCUCCCGUUAAAACUGAUCAACAAGACACAUGCCUCUGUGCCAAUUAGACUUCUAAUUAAUGCUAAUGCCUUAGCCUGGCGCUGCUUCACAUUGUCCAAGGAUCCCAUCCUCGCUUCUCUGAAAGCUGCUCCUUAUGCCGAUGUACUUGCCCAGCUGGCAACGCCUUCAGUCGUCAACCUCAUGAUGCCUGCUAGUUCUGAGGGGCAGGAUCCAGAAUUUCAGACAGUUUGGGUUCUUUUUCAUAGUCCAAAGAAGCAGAUUAGUUCUUCAGAGGUUCUGGACUCAGCAGAGGAAUUCUUGGCAAGUGUUGAUAUAGAAGUUGAUAGCCCAAACCCAACACCAGUCAUUAAAAGUGUUGCUCUUCGAGCAAGAACCGGAAUAGCUAGGAUACAUGCUCCAAAAGACCUACAGACUAUGCAUUUGUUUGCCAGUGUGACUUCCUCGGCAAAGCAGCACUUACCUUUGAAAAAUGCUGGAAAUAUUGGCGUCUCCUUAGAUAUCAAGAUCUCAGAUCAAGGAAGUGACUUUUCAGUGGAUCCAGAGAAGCUCUUCCUUAAACCUGGAGAAGAAUAUGAUGUUCUAGUUUCGUUUACUCCUAAGGACCCCAAACCCUGUGAGGAAAGGAUCCUGAAGAUAUUUGUGCAGCCCUUUGGACCUCAGUAUGAAGUAGCCUUGAAAGGGGAAGUAGUGUCUUUGGGAACCAAUUCUCCGACAUCAGAGCCGGGCUGUUCGGUUGUUCCAUCCAUUUUAUCCAACAAGCAGUUUCUGACUUGGGGAGGUGUCCCUCUUGGUAUAACACAGAUUCAGAAACUGACAUUAAGAAAUAAUUCUGCCUCUGUGACCCAGCAUUUACGAUUGGUGAUUAGAGGACAAGAUCAAGACUGCUUCCAGCUCCAACACUCUUUUGGUUCUGAAGAGCGAUUGACCAGUAACUGUGAGAUCAGAAUUCGUCCAAAGGAAGACGUUAACAUUUCUGUAUUACUUACACCUACUCGAUUAUCCUGUAUGUUGGCUAAACUGGAAAUUAAGAAUCUUGGAAUUCGAUCGCAACCAGGCAUUAAGUUUACAAUACCUUUGUCUGGCUACGGAGGAACAAGUAAUCUUAUUUUGGAAGAUGUUAAAAAAUUAUCGGACAGCUACAUGAUAACAAUGAAAGAUCUAAUACCUGGCCAAGAAUGCAGAGUUGUUUUUUCUGUUCGUAACACUGGUUCUCGGGCAGCUUUUGUUAAAGUAGUAGGUUUUAAGGAUUCUCAGAAAAAACUUUUGCUGGAUCCUCAAGUGUUAAGUAUUCUUCCCAAUAAAUUUGUGCUCAAGGAAAGAGCACAGGAAGAUGUCACUAUAAUAUAUAACCCGUCAGACCGAGAAUGUAAUUAUCAAACCACAACAGAAAUGUCGACAAUAUACUUCUUUAGUGGAGAUGAAAUUUUAAGGCAGCGGUUUCGAAGAGCCCUGUUGCAUAAACCAGAGGUUCUAGAACAGAUCCUUCCAGAAAACAACAUGCUGCAUAGCAUUGAUUUUGCUGAAACAUUUGAAGAUGAGCUACUUGUAACUGAAGUGUAUGAUUUUCCCCAGCGGCCUAAUGACAUCCAGCUGUUUUAUGGAAACAUGCGUAAAAUGGUGCUUUCAGUAAUUGGAGAAUUCAGAGAUUCUGUUUCCAGAAGAGAAUUUGUAAAGUUUUCCUCCAGAGCUAGUUUAGAAUCUCAAAGUUCCGGGAAACAUGGGGGCAAUGUUUCCUUGGAUGUUUUACCAGUUAAAGGUCCUCAAGGCUCUCCACUUUCUCAAGCUGUUCACCCUCCUCAAGAUAAGCCUGACCCUGAAGAAACAUGGACUAUCCAGCCUGAACACCUAAUUUUGGUAGCCCCGUCUCCAUGUGAUCUGGCAAGAACUGGGCAUUUCCAGAUUUUAAAUCAUUCCUCUAGGUUACUGAGAUUUGAGCUGUACUGGCCAGCACAUUGCCUUACAGUAACUCCGCAGCAUGGAUUUAUCUCUCCAGAGAGUAAACUACAAGUUCUUGUGAGUCCUAAUUCCUCCUUAUCCACAAACCAGUCAAUGAUCCCGUGGAAUGGUGUGAUCUACAUACACUGUGACAAUGGACAGAAGAAAGUUGUAAAAGUUCAGAUUCGAGAAGACUUGGCACAAGAAGAACGUCUCACUCGUUUCUCCUCUCCCUCAUUUGGAAUCAUGACCACAGGAGCUGUUAGUCAUCUGACAAAAUUACUGCCAAAACCACCUUCCACAAAAGUUGAAAUAAGAAACAAGAGUGUUACUUUUCCUACAACAGAACCUGGUAACACUUCAGAGAAUUGUCUGGAACUUGAGAAUCGUGGUAACACAGAAGUGAAGUGGCAUCUGUCAUCUUUAGCUCCACCUUAUGUCAAGGGAGUUGAUGAGAGUGGAGAUGUUUUCAGAGCUACCUAUGCUGCAUUCAUCUGCUCCCCUAUUUCUGGCAUACUGGAAAGCCAUGGCAUCCAAAAGGUCUCCAUCACAUUUUUGCCCAGAGAUCGAGGGGACUAUGCCCAAUUUUGGGAUGUUGAGUGUCACCCCCUUACAGAGACUCAUAUGAAACACACCUUAAGAUUUCAGCUCACUGGACAGAGUGUCAAAGCAGAAAACAAGCCUGUAAAACCAUCCAGCUCCACGGGUACUCUCAUUAAAAUAGAUAAUUUAGCUAAGCCGCAAAGAAGAGCAGUAUCGGAAACCUCCGCUGUCAUACCUGCCAGUCAACUUGACUUGACUCACCGUGGAGUUUAUGCCCCAAAAGACGUGUAUUGCUUUCUGCCAACUCGCGUUGGGGAGUCAAAGACGUUAAAAAUAAAUUUGCGAAAUAAUUCCUUUAUUACGCACAUGCUGAAGUUUUUAAGCCCCAGAGAACCCUUCUAUGUCAAACAUUCAAAAUACUCCUUGAGAGCCCAGCAUUACAUCAACAUGCCUAUACAGUUCAAGCCAAAGUCGGCGGGCAAAUUUGAUGCUUUGCUCGUGAUUCAAACAGAUGAAAACAAGAGUAUCGCUAUUCGGCUCUUCGGUGAAGCGCUUGGGAAAAGUUAAUACACUUUAUGGAAACAGCAAAAGUUAUAUUUUGGUAACUUUGUCUUACACUACAAUUAUGCUUUUUCUGUAUAUAUUUUGUAUGAUAAGUUAGAUAGGAAUAGUUUUCCUUUUUUUUUCUGAGAAGUUAACACUGAUGACUACAGAUAUCAUGUAUGUAGCUAUGGUAUUGUAUUUAACUUUUACAGGGAGAAGAGAAUUUUAUUUAUGUAUUGAUUAUGAUCUUUUCAAUAAAUGUGGCAUAUAUUUUAAUGUGGCACAUCAGAAAUAAACUUAA